AUGUCUGAGAGGUACCUGUGUUUAGUAGCCGCUGAUGUCGCAAGGGGAUCUGUGUUCGGUACCUGUGUUCAGGAGGUACCUGCUGAUGUAUCAGAGAGGUACCUGUGUUCGGUAGCUGCUGAUGUCAGAGAGGAGGCGCUGUGCUCGGGAGCCGCUGAUGUCUCAGGGAGGUACCUGUGUUCGUGUGGAGUUGUGACAGAUGAACGUCUCAUGUCGUCAGUGCAGAGUUGUGACAGAUGGACAUCUCCUGUCUGUAGAGUUGUGACGCCACCCCCAACAUCUGUCCCCACAGACAGGGGUCUGACGCCACCUCCAACGUCUGUCCCCACAGACAGGGGUCUGACGCCACCUCCAACGUCUGUCCCCACUGACAGGGUUCUAACGCCACCUCCAACAUCUGUCCCCGCAGACAGGGGUCUGACGCCACCUCCAACAUCUGUCCCCACAUACAGGGGUCUGACGCCACCUCCAACAUCUGUCCCCACAGACAGGGGUCUUACGCCACCUCUAACAUCUGUCCCUGCAGACAGGGGUCUGACGCCACCUCCAACAUCUGUCCCCACAGACAGGGGUCUGACGCCACCUCCAACAUCUGUCCCCACAGACAGGGGUCUGACGCCACCUCUAACAUCUGUCCCCGCAGACAGGGGUCUGACGCCAGUUGCAACAUCUGUCCCCACAGACAGGGGUCUGACGCCACCUCCAACAUCUGUCCCCACAGACAGGGGUCUGACGCCACCUCUAACAUCUGUCCCCGCAGACAGGGGUCUGACGCCACCUCUAACAUCUGUCCCCACAGACAGGGGUCUGACGCCACCUCCAACAUCUGUCCCCACAGACAGGGGUCUGACGCCACCUCUAACAUCUGUCUCCACAGACAGGGGUCUGACGCCACCUCUAAUAAGAAGACCACAUUGCUUUAUAUAG